AAUAAAGAGAUAAUAUUGCCUUCUAUGGAACAUAUCGCCAUGCUAAGCCACAAGGUGAUUGCAAGUAUUGCAUCCCGGCCAGCCCAAAUAUAUCUUAGGCAGUGUCAAUUUGUACAUUCAUAUAUACAAGCCAGGAAUAUGAGUAACGAGGUCGACAAAGCGCAAACGGCAAAACCGCAGGGGGAUACUAUCUUCGGUAAGAUACUGAGGAAUGAGAUUCCUUCUGUCGCAGUCUGGAGUGAUGAUACCUGCUAUGCAUUCCGGGACAAAUUCCCAACUGCACCCCAACAUAUAGUACUGAUACCACGAAAGCCUAUCACUCAACUUUCAAAUGCGAAAGACGAGGAUGAGCCUUUGUUAGGUCAUCUUUUGAACGUGGCCCGCAAGAUUGCCAAACAAGAGAAGCUAACGGAUGGCUUCAGAAUAGUGAUUAACGACGGGAAGCAUGGCGCACAGUCUGUGUACCAUCUGCACAUCCACAUCAUCGGUGGCCGUCAGUUGGACUGGCCACCUGGUUAAUUCGGGAUGCCGGCAACCUAUUUUGUUGCUGCUGUGUUAAAAAUGCGAUACUGUCAUCCGCACUGGUGAAACAAACAUGUAUCGAUGGCGUUUCUGAUAUUAAAAGUUUGUCCAAAAUACAGAUGGAUGUGUAAGUUGAUUUUUGAAAGCUUCAUAUUAUGGUCUGGCAUGCGGUGAAGAUAUACGAUUUAUAAAUUAAACAGGAG